AUGGAAGUAGAUUCACAGCAAAAGACUCGACCAUUGACUCACUAUCAAAAAUUGAAUAACAUGUAUAACCUCCCAGCUCCUUUCCGCGUCUUCCCUCUGCCUAACCUCGUGCCUCACAACCCUUUAUCUUUGAUACACAUUAUAUAUGUAUGGUUAUACCAAACUAUAAUUCCCUCCAAAUCAAAGAUAGAGCCUUCUUAUCAAGGAUGGUUCUCACCCUGUACGCGGUCCGUCCAUGUAACUGAUGAUCGAUCGAUCCGAGGUCUAUGGGAACAAGGGUUUUACGGGAAGGGGAGCCUGAGCAGGAGUGAGCCAAAUUGGCUCGAUGGAGAAAAGGCGCGAAGGGAAAAUAAAGGUGCUGUUACUAGCGAAGAAUAUACUAGAAAAAGAAGAGCUGAGCGCCAGAUGUUAAAGUGGGAUAGAGCUCGCAAGGAGCGUCAGGCUAUUGAUCAAAAACUGGUAGAGGAAGCAGAAGCUUCACAACAAAAGUAUUGCACAAUAUCCGAUAGAACAGAGUCGCAAGAUAGAUUGGAAAUUAAAACCGAAUAUUUGGUACCUACGCAGCGAGUGCUGUCACCAGUUGGUCCAAUGGAAAUAUUGUCAUUACCCAAUUCAUAUGACGACUUAUUCUGUCUCUUGAGGUCCGAAUCAAACAACGAAGAAAUAGCUCCAAGGAGUCCGUUACCACCUACCGGACCUCUAGAAUUUUUAUCUCUCCCUAAUUCGCGAUCUGAUCUCACAACUUCACCACUGCCUGACAAGUCGGGUGAUAGCUUUGAAGCCUCACUAAGAGGUAGAAAUGCAUCAUCCCAGCUAGAUUCGGAACAAUUACCAUCCCCUAUGGACAUCAACCCUUCCGAGGAGAAAUACGCCUAUGGGGAUUCAUGUGGAAAACAACAAUAUCGAGACAAAAGAGGGUUCGAGGGGACAUGCCGUUCCAAUGUGCCCGUCACCGCCCAAGUAUUAGAAACCCCUAAACAAAACGACGAACUUAUUAAGUUACCUACGCAUUUCGACUUCAAUGGCAAUUCUGCAACGUACAUUACUAAUAGUCAAGAUACCAGGAUUUCUGAUAUCGCAAAAAAUGAAGUCAAAAUUGAGGUCGAAUUGUCUGGGUCAUUAGGUAAAAAUGUCGAAAACCCCCCAGAGUGUGCAGAGAUCUCUGAUACCAUUGCAAAUGAAGAGCACUUUCAGCUUACUCUUCAAGAGGCAUUCUUUCUAUCUUACGCAUUUGGAUGCUUGCAGGUUCUUGAUCCUACUACAAAACUACCAAUACCAGCGAAGAUAUUGUUCCAGCGCUGCCAAAAAGAGUCGCACUUUCCACCGCAGUCUAACCAAGUAACACCGCCAGAUGAUUCCUUUUUAGUAAAUUAUGUUGUUUAUCAUCAUUUUCGUUCCCUCGGCUGGGUUGUACGUUCAGGAAUUAAGUUUUCAGUAGACUAUAUGCUCUACAACCGAGGCCCAGUUUUCUCACAUGCAGAAUUUGCUAUUCUCAUACUACCCUCAUACAGUGAUCCUUACUGGAGCAGCACGGACUAUCUCAAGGAGUAUUCCCAGCGCAAGCAACAUCGUAGUUGGGCAUGGAUGAGCUGUAUAAAUCGGGUCAUCACUCAAGUUAAGAAGACGCUUGUUCUAUGCUAUGUCGAUAUACCUCGGCCGUUGAGCAUUGAGGAAGAAAACGAUUUGAGUCCUAAAUCUAUCCUAGCAAGAUACACAGUCAGAGAAUUUAUUCUCAACAGAUUUCUUGCUAAUAGGAUGCGUGCAUAA